AUGAAGCGCCGCUUCUCCCGCUCCCUCACCUCGCUCGUCUCGCUCGUCCCGCCGCGGUCUGACGAAGCGGCAGAUGAAGCAGGCGACGACGAGGCGACCAAGCUGUCGAAGUGGCGCGCAAAGGGCAAGGCAAAGCUCAUCAAGGCCUUCAAACCGCCGCAGAACCCGCCUGGGUCGUCGAGUCGUGCCGAUGGUCCGGGCGUAGACGACGACGUCUUCUGCCGCAUCUCGUCUAGGUCGAGGUCGUAUUCCGCGCCGCUCUUUCUUCCACCCCAUCUGCUCGAGACGGACAUCGCCUCUCGCCGCGUACCGCCCAUCAGUCCGCCCAUCACGCACCCUCGCAUCGAGGACGAUACCGCGAGAGACGAGUCGCCUUUCCCCUCCGCCUUCAACACCUGUCCCUCCUCGCCCGUUCUCGAUUCAGGCUUCGCUUCCUCCACACCCAACCCCGCUAUCGCAACCACCUUGGACCCCUCCUCGCACAUGUUCGAACUCGCUGAACCGGAUUCCGAGCCCGACCUCUUCGCGCGACUGCCGCGUGAAGUCCAGCUGAGAGUCUUCCGUGGCUUGCUCGACGUGUGUGAGGAGGAAUGGAGGAGGGAUGUGAAGGAGGGACAGUGGACGGGCGAGAAGGCGUGCGACAGAUGGGGAGAUGGACGGGCGCGAGGGCGUAGGGAGCUCGUCAAGAUGGGCAGGGUCUGCCGACUCUGGCGUUCGCUCUCGCUCGACGGCCAACUCUGGUCGACAGCUCCCGCCGCUUCCCUUCUCGGCGCGACCUCCUACUCCUCCGCCUCCCUGCUUUCUCUCGCCGUCGGAGCAGGCGGGUUCGUCAAGACGUUCGAUGCGAGAGGACUCGGCAAGUCGCUCGACUGGACGACGCUCGCUUGGAUGAUUGUCCCGCUUGACGGAUCGAGUGACACGGGCUUGACGAAUCUGACGAACAUCGACUUGACGGGCUGCACCUCGCUCACUUCCGCAUCGCUUACCUCGCUUCUCUCGCACUCGCCUCACCUCCUCCGCCUUAUUGUACCCAGUCUCCGAUGCGUCGACAACUCACACAUGGCCACGCUCGGCUCGUCGUGCCCUCAUCUCGCACACCUCGACGUCUCUCGCUGCCCAAACCUGCGCGGUCCGGCGCUUCAGAAACUUCCGCACACGCCUCAGCCGCCACAGAACACCCUCAGUCGACCGUUCACCAGCGAAGACCUCCUCGGCGGACUCGUCACGCUCAAGGCGGCCGGUCUCUCCGGCGUGAACGGCAGCGACCUCGCCUCGUUCCUCAGCCGUCACCGUCGUCUCGCCACUCUCGAUCUCUCCUGGUGCAACGGCGUUACCGACAACGGUCUCAAGCUCGUCGUUCAGCAGCUGACUCCGUCAGACUCGGCUGCUCGACCUUCCCAAUGGGCCGCUCUCGCGUCGACAAGCGGGUCGAAGCGAGUCUUCCCAUCCCUCCGCCACCUCAACCUUUCCGCCUGCCACUCUGUCUCUACCGUAGGCCUUUCACACCUCGCCGGUACCGUCCCGAACCUCGAGAUCCUCGAGCUCUCCCGCCUCGGGUCCCGUCUUCGCACCGACGGCCUCGCUCGUCUCGUCGCCAGCUGCCCGAAGCUACGCAAGCUCGACAUCGAAGACGCCGAACAAGCAGGCGACGACGUCUUGCACGCGCUUGUCGGUGUUGGCGACGCGACAGGCGCACCCAACCUCGAACAUCUCGUCAUCUCGGCCUGCACCAGCCUGACGGAUCCAGCCAUCGCCGCCGUCGUACGCGGAUGUCCGAAGCUGCGCGUCCUCGAAGCCGACACGACCGCCAUCUCGGACCGCACCGCGAAAGAAUUCGUGCAGCUCGCGCGCGAGCGGGCGUCGCAGGCGCAGCGAGAGGCCGUCUCGCGCGAGGGUGAUGUCGACCCUCUCGUCGCAAGCAAGUAUCCCGCCGUCUUAUCGCUCCUCGACAACCGCCAAACAGGACGGCGACUCAGCCGCGACCUUGGCUCGGCAAACCUUCGCGGCAGGAUCGGACAACGAGGUUACUGGACGAACGUCGUUGGUGGCUACCUCGACGACGACGACUCGUCUCCGACGCAGGAGUCGCUGGCGCGGAAAAAGAUGCAGGCUCCGCUGAGCGAGUGCGACGAAUCGCGCGUCGUCGUCCGCUCCUUCUACUCGAACCUCGCUGUGGAUGCCGCUCUCGCCGUUCGCGAGACGACUGCCGCCAAGAAGAGACAGGAGAAGGCGGGAGGCGCAGGUGGCGAGCCGAGGCAGGGUGCGCUGCGGACGAGGGCGAUGAGCGACUCGGAAGUGCUCAGGCGCACCGACACGGGCGACGACGAGGACGGGCGGGUCGCCUGCGUCGUCUCCUAA